AUGGCUGGAUAUUUAAAAUUUGUGCAGAUUAAUUUACAUAGAUCGAGAGCAGCGGUAGGUGCGUUGUCAAAUUUGAUGGUGAAAGAUGGGAUAGACAUUGCACUGAUUCAGGAGCCAUGGACGGUGAAUGAUAAAAUUAAGGGUAUGGGUAUGACAGGAAAUGUUUUGUAUAACUGUAAUGAUCAGAGGCCGAGAACAUGUAUAGUACAUACUGGUAGAAUUAAACCGGUAUUAUUGCCGCAAUUCAGUGAUAGGGAUAUCACUACGGCUUUAAUGGAAAAGAAUAAUGAACGUUCACGUCUUUCGAAGCUAAUUAUUGUAUCUGUGUACAUGCCGUAUGAUAGGAGGGAGCCGGUAUCAGAGAAACUGGAUUUACUGGUUGAUUGGUGUGUUCAACAAGGGAUUAGUAUGCUGGUAGGAGCGGAUGCAAAUGCGUGUCAUAUAUUAUGGGGAAGUUCGGUUACGAAUAAUAGAGGUCUAAAACUUUUGGAUUUUAUGAAUAUUAAUGGGCUUACUUGGCUGAAUGAAGGUUUGGUACCGACGUUUAGUACUUCGAUUAGAGAGGAAACGUUAGACGUUACAAUGGUAUCGCUGGAGAUUAGAUCGGCAUUAAGUCAAUGGAAGGUUUUGGAUGAUCUAUCGUUAUCAGAUCAUAGAUUCAUCUCGUUUAAAUUAUUGGUAGAAGGGGUUCCUAUUAACAGGAUUGUGAGUGAUAAGAAGUUGUUGAAUGUAGAAAAGUUUUUGGAGAGUCUGAACGAUAAGCUAAGGGAAUCUCCUAAGGAGUAUGGUACGCCGUUACAGAUUGAUGUUUAUGUAGAGUUUGUUACGGAUGCUAUUAUGAAAGCGGCAGAGGAAGCUUUAGAGAAGAAGAUGAAAAGGUUCAAUGGUAGAUUACCGUGGUGGAAUUCGAAGCUUCAAGAUCUCAGCCGGAAGGGUAAAAGUUUGAAAAGAAAAGCCCGGAGAACGGGAAGAAGCGGGGAUAAGCAUAAGGCAAGAAGAGCGGAGUUGAAAUUGAAUAGGGAGAUUCGUAAGGCGAAAAAGAAUUCGUGGAGGAGUUUUUGUAGCGGUUUGAAAAAGACGCAGGAAAUAGCAAGGAUAAACAGAGUAUUGGAAAGGGUAGACCAGAAUAGUUUAGGAUUGCUAAGGAAACGGGAUGGUACGAUGACCGGAGAUGUUAGGGAAACGUUGGAAACCCUGAUUGCAGAACAUUUUCCUGGAGCGUUGAACAUGAUGGAUGUAGAUGAUAAUGCUGGCGGCAGAAAUACUUCGGAGAUGAGACCAGUGAGACCGAAUUGGAGUCUGGCGGCUAGUAUUAUCACGGAGGAGAGAGUUGGCUGGGCAAUAAGUACGUUGUUGCCGUAUAAAGCACCUGGUCCUGAUGAAAUCAUUCCUAG